UCCCUGGGACAGAAGGAAUUCCUCUGACCCGAGUGAGGGUCUUGAAGUCAAGGCGUCAUGCCCCCCUCGCCGGCCGAGGUCGUGCUGGCUCCUUAACUCCCGUGCUUGACGUCAUCGUCAUCGCGGUCGGCUUGGUGGCAGAAGCGGGACCCUGCCCAAUGACCCUAGGACCCCUACCAUGGAAGAGACAGUAGACGAUCCCCCCACCUCAGCUGUCCUGCUGGACCACUGUCAUUUCUCUCAGGUCAUCUUUAACAGUGUGGAGAAGUUCUACAUCCCUGGGGGGGACAUCACGUGCUACUACACCCUCACCCAGCAUUUCAUUCCCCGUCGAAAGGAUUGGAUUGGCAUCUUUAGAGUUGGAUGGAAGACAACCCGCGAGUACUACACCUUCAUGUGGGUUACUUUGCCCGUUGACUUAAACAGUGAAUCAGCCAAACAGCAGGAAGUCCAAUUCAAAGCUUACUACCUGCCCAAGGAUGAUGAGUAUUACCAGUUCUGCUAUGUGGAUCAGGAUGGGGUGGUCCGGGGAGCAAGUAUCCCUUUCCAGUUCCGUCCAGAAAAUGAAGAGGACAUCCUGGUUGUUACCACUCAGGGUGAGGUGGAAGAAAUUGAGCAGCACAACAAGGAGCUUUGCAAGGAAAACCGGGAGCUGAAGGACAGCUGUGUCAGCCUCCAGAAGCAAAACUCAGACAUGCAGGCCACGCUCCAAAAGAAGCAGGAGGAGCUGGAAACCCUGAAGAGCAUCAAUAAGAAGUUGGAACAGACAAUGAAAGAACAGAAGGACUGUUGGGAGAUAGAGCUGCUUCAACUGAAAGAACAAAACCAGAAGAUGUCCUCAGAAAAUGAGAAGAUGGGAGUCAGAGUGGAUCAGCUUCAGGCUCAGCUGUCAAAUCAAGGGAGAGAAAUGGAGAAGCUUGUUCAGGGAGUUCAAGAUAAGACAGAGCAGCUGGAGCACCUGAAAGAGGAAAAUGGCCAGCUUUUUCUCAGUUUAACUGAACAGAGGGAGCACCAGAAGAAGCUUGAGCAGACAGUGGAGGAGAUGAAGCAGAAAGAAACUACUGCAGCGAAGAAACAACAGGAGUUAACGGAGCCUAGGAACAAGAAAACAGCAGUGGAGGAGCAGUUAGUACAAGAGGUGGAACGCCUAAAGGCAAAAGUAGAGGCCGGGAAAGCCUGUUUCUUAGAGAAGUACAAAGAGUGUCAACGUCUCCACAAACAGAUCAGGCAACUCAGGGCUGCCACACGGGAGCAGAACAUGGACCUGUCAAAAAGACUGAGUGAGAACAUGAUAAUACAUGAUGUUCUACAGAGAGAGAAAGAGAAAAUGGAAAAAGAAAAUGAUUAUUUGAAGAGAGAGAACAACAGACUGCUGAGUUACAUGGGUCUGGACUGCGACUCUUUAUCAUAUCAAGUGCCCACUUCGAAUCAAGGAGGUACAAGACAAGACCCAGGACUUGUCUUUGGAAACCCAUAUUCUGGUAUCCAAGAAAGUUCUGCCCCGAGCCUGCUCUCCAUCAAGAAAUGCCCCACCUGCAAAUCAGACUUUGCUGCUGAUGUUUUUGAUCACAACUUGGUCUUGGAGCAGCACCUGCAGACCCUUAGAUUGAAUUGUCCGAUAUGUAACAAGACCUUCCCAGCAAAAGAGAAGCAGAUCUUUGAAGACCAUGUGUUCUGCCACACUCUCUAAGUGUCCAGGCCUCCUGGAUUUUAUACAGUAGAACCUAUCGCUUCUUCUAUGAGUUAUGACCUAAGAUCCUGCCUAACCUCAGUUACUAGGAAUUUGCUUAGUCCUGCUGCCCUAUAGGUGGAGUCAUGUCGAUUAUCUGAAGCAUAGUGUUAAGGGCUGUUACUCCCAUCCUUGUGGGUUACAACCUUUUAAGUCACACAACUCCAGCUAUGUCAGCCUCUCACUUAAAAUGCCUAUUCUUGUGAGGGUCUCGAGCAUAAAGGCCCUGCCUGCGUAGGGCUGACCUGGCUCUUCACAGCCGGCCUGACUCAAGUGAGGAGUUUCCCAGGUGGUCCCACUGCCGUUCAAGGUCAGACCUUGAGUAUGUUUGUACUUAGUCCUCACUCCUGACCCUGGGACUGGCAACUGAUCUGGAAUUGAGAAUUUCUUCCUCCUUCUCAGGCCUAGCUCAAAAUGGCAUGGCAGAGAACCCAAACAUCCAAUUUGGAUACCAAAGUUUUCUCACCUUGAUUUCGCAGCUCCCAACAGAAGCAUUCCUGAAUCAUGGACAUGAAAUAUUAUUUAAAUCACAGAAAGUCUUCUUUCUCUUUGUAUUAUACCUCUGAAUGGCAUUUUUCUACUCUGGUUUUUCAUGUGCACAUAACUUUUAUUGUUAUAAGUCCUUUCUUAAUGGUUAGUGGAACUUGUUAGAAACUGUAUGGGUUUGCAACUUUCUGAGCAAGUGAGUUUGAAAAAGGAUAAGUCAAAAUAAUGAGAAUUAUUGUUCAUCACUUUAAUACUAAAAAUAAACUAGUCCUCUACUUCAGGGACUUUAGUAAUUUAAAAUAAA